AAACCAUCAGCCGCUCCAACUCAUCCACCAACCCAGCAAAUGGUAGAUGCUGCCAUCAAAACAUUGAAGGAACGUGGAGGUUCUUCAUUGCCAGCCAUCAAAAAAUAUUUGGCCAGCACCUACAAAGUAGAUGCCCAAAAAUUGGCCCCCUUCAUCAAGAAAUACUUGAAGAGUGCUGUUGCCAGUGGAAAAUUGAUCCAAACUAAAGGUAAGGGUGCUUCUGGUUCAUUCAAAUUGUCCGCUUCGGCUUCCAAGGAACCUAAAGCAAAGACUGCUGAAAAGAAAAAGAAGGCUCCCGCCGCUGGUGAAAAGAAAAAGAAGGUCGCCCCUAAAAAGGCUGCCGGCGAUAGGAGAAAAAAAAAGAAUUUGCUAAUUAGAUGCUAA